AUGACGUUCCGCGAAAAAGUCAAAAAGGCCUUCCGCCGCAGUUCAGACAAGGACAAAAACAACGGCAAACCCAAGAUCGAAUACUACCGUCGAGGCGAAUGCCCACGUUCCAAAUACCGUGGUCCCGUUGACCCGGAACACAGACGGAGAUUGUACGACUGGAAUUUCGAGACGGCGACUGCUGAUCGGGAUCGUACCUUCGAGUUGGAUUUGUCGCCCUGUACGAGUUUGCCGGAUCAGCCUCGUGAUGGCAAUGACAGUGACGCUACGACGUUGGAGGAUGUGUCGGAGAACGAGCCGGAAUUAGUAGGCCCGCAACAUAUUCAGAUUAUUGGUUCGGGUUCUAUCACCGUCGCGCAUCACGAAGUUGCGUUUUCUGGAUCAUUCGACACCAAUUCUGACCAGUCCACGGCCGUCGUGUCGAGCUGUCAUUCGUCUUUGCUGACAUUGAAAGAGAGCUGGGAUUGGCCUGUGACCAAGCGAGAUGCGCUUGGCUCGUUGAAGGAGACACUUGCUAUGACUGCUCCAAUGACGCGUCGCACGUCGGCACCGGAGAAGCGUCUACCAUUUGACCCUCAGGAAUUGAGCAUGGCGUUGAACGCCGUCCGAAUCGUGUCAUAA